UUUCACAUGUGCCUCCGAUCGCGUCGUACGCUCGCUCCGCGCGCCAUGUCGGCAAAACAUUAAACACAACAACGUGUAAUAAAAAUAAACGAAAAAAAAGUUGGACAUCAUUGAAAAAAUUGUGAUUUUGUGUAAUUUCGAAAGACGUUUGGUUCUGUUUGCGGGUUUUAAUUUACGAAAACUGUGUUACGGCUUUUUAGCAUUGGCGGAAAUGUCAAUGUGAGCCGCGAUGCGCAGCGAUAUGGCGUACCGCGGGCUCUCGCAGCACGUGGAGCUGGACCGCGCGGCCGACCCGCGCGACCGCUUCACGCUGCAGGAGCUCAUCGGCGAGGGCACCUACGGCGAGGUCUACUGCGCUCGCGACAAGAAGAGCGGGAGGCGAGUCGCCGUCAAGAUCUUGGAGAACAUCACUGAAAACAUCGAAGAGAUCGAGGAAGAAUUCCUAGUGUUUCGAGAUUUGUCCAGCCACCCAAACAUUCCAGAAUUCUUUGGACUGUUCUUGAAGCGUGGAGUCUGCUCUGAUGAUGACCAAAUAUGGUUCGUCAUGGAGCUCUGUACCGGAGGCUCAGUGACAGAUCUAUGCGCUGGUAUCCGCGAGCACGGGAGCAACCUCACGGAGCCACAACUGGCCUAUGUCCUGCGAGGGACAGUCCGCGCUCUUACCCACCUCCACGCUCACCGGUGCAUGCACCGGGACGUCAAGGGCCAUAAUAUUCUACUCACUGAGAACGGCGAAGUGAAACUCGUUGAUUUUGGAGUUUCAUCACAUUUAGCUGCGACUGCUGCACGGAGAAAUACUUCAGUAGGCACACCUUAUUGGAUGGCCCCAGAGGUCAUAGCAUGUGAACAGCAGUUGGAUCAGUCCUACGAUUGUAGAUGCGACGUUUGGUCAGUCGGCAUUACCGCCAUCGAACUAGCCGAAGGCGAACCUCCCUUAUCCGGACUUCAUCCAAUGAGGGCAUUGUUCCAAAUACCACGGAAUCCGCCUCCUACAUUAGCGCAUCCUGAACUAUUCUCAUCACAAUUAGCAGAUUUCAUUGCCGAGUGUUUGGUCAAAGAUAUGAACCAAAGACCGUUUGCGAGGGAACUUCUAGAGCAUCCUCUAUUAUUAGCUGUCAGUAGUUUUGAAGAAAAGAUUCGCAAAGAACUUCAAGCAGAAAUAAAACGCCAACGAGCUGAAGGCCGAAGCUGCCGCGCUCCCGAUGUAACGACAAAAAGAGGGAAACUAAAGUCUCAUAGAAAGGCACGUCCAGAAAAAAUGUAUACUGAUGAUCUAGCAACAUUAGAAGUACUGACAGAAGAUGCCAUCGUAGAACAACUACAGAAAAGAUAUAACCAAAAUCAAAUAUAUACAUACAUUGGAGAUAUACUUGUGGCGGUCAAUCCAUUCACUGACAUAGGUAUAUACACUACCAAGAGUCAGCAAAUUUACCAAGGUCGUUGUCGCUCGGAUAAUCCUCCCCACAUCUAUGCUGUAGCAGAUGCCGCACACCAAGCUCUUAUGCACCAAAAACAGCACCAAGCUAUUGUUAUCUCAGGGGAGAGUGGUGCCGGUAAGACUGAAUCGGCCAACCUCUUGUUGAAACAACUGGUCUUUCUCUCAAAGACACAAACUGGUAACGUAGAAGAUAAAAUCCUGCAAGUAAACCCAAUCAUGGAGGCGUUUGGGAACGCUCGAACAGGCAUUAACGCCAACAGCUCGCGGUUCGGCAAAUAUUUGGAUUUGUCUCUCAUGAGAGUGGGAAGGAUAUCUGGGGCACGGAUUUCUGUUUAUCUUUUAGAACAAUCGAGGGUGGUUCACCAAGCGUUAGGCGAAAGCAAUUUUCACGUAUUUUACUACCUAUAUGAUGGUUUGGAAAGUGAAGGGCGUUGGAGGAAAUUCUACCUUGACGAACAACUCAAAUCUAGGCAUCGAUACCUACAACCACUUUCUGUUGCGCAUCGUGAACAUAAUGUUCACCGCUGGCGGCAAUUAAAUCAAGCGUUUAAGGUGGUCGGAUUUCAAGAGGAGGAGGUACAAAUCAUUUACAAAAUGCUAUCAGCAAUAUUACAUCUCGGCGAUAUAGAAUUUGGGGAGACCGCGGGGGAAGAUAACACUGAUAACAAAGCUACGAUAAUAGACACGGCACCUUUACAUAGAGCAUCGUGCCUAUUAGGCGUCGAGACAGGAGACCUCCGCGAGUGCCUGACUAGCAGCAGUGUGGUGGCUCGAGGGGAGACCAUAGCGCGACACUGCUCGCCCACCGAAGCGGCCGUGGCUCGCGAUGCCACCGCCCGCGGCCUGUAUGCGCGUGCCUUCGACAGAAUAGUCGAGAGGAUCAACGCUUUGCUGUGUCAAAAUAGACCGUAUGGCACUGAACAACUAUCCAUUGGAAUAUUAGAUAUCUUCGGAUUUGAAAACUUUAAUAGAAAUUCGUUUGAACAACUAUGCAUCAACAUUGCAAAUGAACAAAUACAGUACUAUUUUAAUCAACAUAUAUUUACCUGGGAGCAGCAAGAGUAUAUGGCAGAGGGCAUCCCCGUCGAUCUUGUAGAGUUUUCCGACAAUAGGCCCGUCUUAGACAUGUUGUUGUCAAGGCCCAUGGGCCUGUUAGCUCUGCUUGAUGAAGAAAGCCGCUUCCCAAGGUCUACUGAUAGAAGCCUUAUUGAAAAGUUCCAUAAUAAUCUAAAGAGCAAAUACUAUGUCCGACCAAAAUCAGAUGCUAUAUGCUUUGCUAUUCACCACUUCGCCGGUCGCGUAGUUUAUCAAGCCGAUGGGUUCCUGGAGAAAAACCGCAAUUUCUUGCCUCCGGAAGUAGUUCAAUUGAUGCGACAAAGCCAAUACGAUAUCAUUAGAUUCCUUUUCCAGUGUCCGAUUACAAAGACUGGCAAUUUAUAUUCCCCUCUGCAAGGGGAUAUGGACACUAAUAGAAGUUUAGACAGUUCAUGUGAUACUCGGCAGGAACGCUUCAACAGCCGUGGGCUUGCUUCACAAUCUCGCGCUCAGCAAACAGUAUCCACCUAUUUCCGAUAUUCUCUAAUGGAACUACUCCAGAAAAUGGUCAGUGGCUCACCCCAGUUCGUGAGAUGCCUGAAGCCAAACGAUUCGCGGUCACCAAAACAUUUUGAUUCUGCGAAAAUCUUGAAGCAGCUUAGGUAUACGGGCGUUCUAGAAACUAUUAGGAUAAGACAAAAUGGGUUCUCCCACCGAUUAACGUUUGAAGAAUUUUUGAAGAGGUACAGUUUCUUAGCAUUCAACUAUAACGAAGAAGUAAAACCGAACCGAGACACGUGCCGUCUUUUGCUUUUAAGACUAAAGAUGGACGGCUGGGCGCUAGGGAAAUCAAAAGUCUUCUUGAAGUAUUAUCACGUUGAAGUACUCGCCCGAAUCUAUGAAGAACAGAUUCGGAAAGUAGUAUUAGUACAAGCGUGUGGUCGAGGAUGGCUCGCUCGACGGUACUUCCUCCGGCUGAAGGCCCAGAUGGCUAUAUCUGUACUCACGCUGCAAAAACACGUGAGAGGCUGGCUCACCAGGAAACGACUCCAAGAACGACAGAGACAGCUAGCUAGAGAAUUCCAAAGGGAACAGAUGGAACAGGAUAGUCGAAAACAUAAAUCCGGUGCUGCAUUAAUUAAAAACAAGGCCAUGAUGAAAGCGAAGAUAUUAAGGAAGAUGACAUCAAACGAUAGCGACGGCAACGACAUCAAUUCUGGCAGCAAUAAAGAAAACGUCGAUUCAAAUAAAGCUGCCGUUGUUAUCCAGAGUCAUUUCCGGGGCUACACCGCACGGCGCAAAUGGGCGAAGGGCCGAGCGCCGCCGCCGCCUCAACACCCGGCACCCACCCCUCAGCAGCUCAUGCAGCAGUACUCCGUCCAGGAGCGGGCCAGCCAGCUGCAGUCCUUUGCGGAACAGGUGCACGACAAAAACCAAGAGGUCCACAAGAACUUGCGUCGCAACAAGCCUGGCGUCCGUCUGCAGCAAGUCUCGCGACCACCCGCCGAGUACCGGCCCCCGCCCGGCUUCACGCUCGUGCCGGCCAUCGUGCGUGGUCAGGUGACACGGCUGGAGCAGGACGCCAGCCGCCUCUCCAGUCCCUCGCCAGAAUUCCUAGAGAGCUAUUCAAGUCCCUGGGAUGAACCCUUGAUGAAUAAAGAAUAUGAGAUCGGGCCAUCGAGAGCCAAUAGGAGCAAUCAACAGCCAACCGACCAGUGCGGCGAGCACCGGCACCACCUGGCCAACCAGAACUGGCAGAACCUGCCCUGCAGCCGUCAGUGCGGCGGGCUCGUCAGGAAACCUGGUAACAAGAUAAUCGAGCUAGUAAAGCAGUCGCACAAGGCAGACCCACCUCCGCGGCCAGUAUACAAUCCAACACACGACCCAGAAUCAGACUUCCGAAAGAUUCUCCGCAACUCGCCAGAAAUCCUCGCCACACCUAUCUUCAGCUCUGACGAUGACUAUACAGAAGGCCCGUUCAGGUUCAAACAGCUACUCAGGCCAACGCUAGGUCCGACGGAAAGCUUAAGGAAACGAAAGGUUAGAAAUUCGCCCGGACAAAGUCCGUGGAUGUCAGACAGUUCUCAAGAUAGUACCGGAUCCAAGCAGGCGCUGUACAACAAGCGCAGACCGCAGAUCAGUAUGGGCGUUUAUUACAACUAGCGACAACCGUGUCUCUCGUUCCGAUUCAAAACGAUGCUGUGGUCAACGCUAGGCUUAACGGAUUCCAAAGACUUCAGUGACUAGACAAACAUCGUGGAUGUUGGACAGUCCCCUGGACAGAACUGACUACGCAGUCUUGUCAUAUUUUCAUAGAAAUUUGUCAAUAAUGAUGACAUUCGCACACUUUGUCAUUGCAAAUACCAAGCAGAGUUACCUUGGUCCGACUCUAUCUAAUGUUCAUCACAAACAUAUAAAGUUGAUCGAGAAUCCUUAGCAGAAUGACAGAUUGCCUAAGUACAGACAGUCGUCGUCUCAGCCGAAAGACGUCCACUGCUGGACAAAAGCCUCCCCCAAGGAUCUCCAGAACGAACGGUUAUUCGCUGCCCUCAACCAACCGUUUCCGGCGAUUUUAACCAGAUCGGCGGUCCAUCUAGUCUGGGGCCUUCCCACGCUACGUCUUCCGGUACGUGGUCGCCACUCGAGAACCACACAGACAGACACCACGCAGGCAGACAGUACGCCAUAAUUAUUGCGAUUUCCUGUAUCACGUAGUCCAGUUGAAUUGACUUGACUACUGUUUUUAUAUGUAAGAAUGAACACCACAUAACAUGGCUUUUAUUAUUUAGAUUUUCUUAAAAAGUAUGACUUGCAUUAAGGUUGGAAAACGUUCCACAGAGACAUAUGUAGGUAUAACUAAAAUUUAAUAAUUAGUCGGUAUAUAUACGAGUAAUACUUUGCCAUGAGUAGUUUAUAAAUGAUUAUCUUGGCUUAUAUUCUUAUAACAGUUAUGAAUACUGAAUACCGUCCUAGAUUUUGCAGGAAUGCGCAUACCAUACCGCAUUCAAAUAAUCUAAAAAUAGUAUAUCAUGCUUUACCUGUAUGUAAUAUUCUUAUUCUAUUUGUAUAUUACAGUUAUCGUGUUGUUACUGAUUCCGUCCUAAUCGACUACUUUUAUUUUAUUUUAUAAAUAAGUAAAUACUUAGGUAGUAAGAUAUACCUUUAGUUGACAAUUUGUAUAUAAUAAUGUUCCCGUACCACCAAUAAAAUGAUUCUAUUAGAUUAAAUAUAUUUACUAAUAUGUUUUCAAAUCUAUUUUAUAAAACCAAUUACCAAAGUUUAACUUCUAAUAUAUGUAGGUAGCUUUCCUACAGCAUAACUUUAAUUUUUUUUAAUACUACUUAUUCCCUAUAUUAGAGUAUUGCAUAAGUGGUAAUUUUUUGUUAUGAUAUUCUCUUCAUUUUCUGUAAGAGUCUUGUAAUAAAUUUGUGUAAUCUUGUAUCAAUUUCAUGGAUUUCAUCAGUAUUAUUAUACGUAUUGUAUUUUAUAUCUACAGGGAAACUACUAACCUAACAGAUUUUCAAGGUGUCUUCUGAACCGCGUUUUCUGAAUUCGGUCUUGUUUUAGAGAUAAUGACAAUUCUUGUAAGAAUUUGCUUGUGUAAUAUCGUUGAAUAACGCGUUUUUGGCUGCGAUGCUGCCACUAUGUGUCAGACAUCAAAGUUUUCAAGGAAACUUGCAAAAUUCAUCUGAAAAAUAAUACUAGUUAUCGUAAUUUAUAUUUUUUGCCAAGAAGUAAUAUAACUUGUCAUAUGCAGAAAACCGAAAACAAAGAAAUAAAAUAUUUUUGCCUAAUUAUACCAAAAGUCAUGUAACAUUUUAUGCUCCUUAUGACCUCAGGAAUGCGUGGUUAUAAUCUGCCGGCUUAGUCGUUCCCAACUUGUAUAUGAUAUAUUAUUAUAUUAACGACAACUGAACUAAGAGACAUGCAAAAUAUGACCAUAAGGUGUAUUUUGGUUAUUGUAACUGUUGCAUUAUGUCGGCUAAUUCCGAAAAUUAGCCAUAUUUCCACUUUAUUCGUCUAUUUUUGGAAUGACCCGACAUUCUGAACUUUACCCCGCUUUAAUGUUAUCGCCACGAAUAUGAUUGUUUUACUUCGUAUCUCUCUUAGUUUAUUUGUGUGUGAUAAAAUGUCAGGUUAUUGUAGUUAGAUCUCACAGGAGAACAUAAUUGCAUAUAUAUUGUUGUUGAUUACUUUAUUAAUUAUUUUAAUUGCCAUUUCAUACAUGUAGAGCAAGAAAUAAAUAAACAUAUAUCAUUGACAACCUUUGUGAUAAUGUGCCAAUGAUUACUCGUAAGUUUUAGUUGUUUGAAUGGAAUGAAUUGAAAAUAAAUAUUGUUGAUACAAA